AAUCACCACUAACCACGCCACACAAACUCACACAACCACAAAUUGUUACUACUAGCUUACUGGACAAGCACACCCUUCGAUGCGUGUGUGCACUCGUUGAAUACCACCUUUCCCUUACACUCACUCAACAAACGCCCCUUCCAUUCAUCGAACAACCAACAAAUCUACAUCACUAACUGCUUCAUCUUCCUCGAAACUGCGAGCGAAGAUUUUGCUACUUCAUACUCUCACGUAACUGUUAAUUAGGGUUUUCGAUUUCCCGAUUCAUCGAUCCAAACUCGAAUCGAUUAUCGUUGAAUUUCUGUUAUUUCAUGGAUUGAUUUUGAGAAUUGACAAAUUUGUUUUUAUUCAACCGGAUCUCAAUGGGGAAAGGGGGCCAGGAUUAUGGGAGAAAGGAGAAUCCGAUUCCCGAUGCUUCGGAUCGAGAAACCUACAAGGCGUGGGCCAAGGAAGUGCGGGAAUGCGAGGAGCACUUCAAGGUCAAGGUGAAAUCAGGGUUGAGUACCGAGGAGUUUGAGAAUCGGCGCAAGAUCCAUGGAUUCAACGAGUUGGAGAAGCACGAGGGGCAAUCUAUUUGGAGUUUGAUUCUGGAUCAGUUUAAUGAUACUCUCGUUCGGAUUCUGCUUGGUGCGGCGAUUAUCUCGUUUGUUCUCGCGUGGUAUGAUGGCGACGAAGGCGGCGAGAUGGAGAUUACGGCUUUCGUGGAGCCGUUGGUGAUUUUCCUGAUUUUGAUUGUGAAUGCUAUUGUUGGGGUUUGGCAGGAGAGUAAUGCAGAGAAGGCGCUCGAGGCUUUGAAGGAGAUUCAAUCGGAGCAGGCCUCGGUGAUUCGAGAUGGGGUGAAGGUUCUGAGCAUUCCGGCCAAGGAUCUUGUUCCGGGCGAUGUUGUGGAGCUUAAGGUUGGGGAUAAGGUGCCUGCGGAUAUGCGUGUGGUGGAGUUGAUUAGCUCGACGUUGCGGUUGGAGCAGGGGUCCUUGACUGGGGAGAGUGAAGCUGUGAAUAAAACUAACAAGCCUGUGGCCGCGGAUUCCGAUAUUCAAGGGAAGAGGUGUAUGGUUUUCGCGGGGACGACUGUUGUUAACGGGAAUUGCAUCUGCUUGGUGACUCAGACUGGCAUGGGUACUGAGAUUGGGAAGGUGCAUAUGCAGAUACACGAGGCGUCGCAGAGUGAGGACGAUACCCCCUUGAAGAAGAAGCUCAAUGAGUUUGGGGAGAAGCUAACCAUGAUUAUUGGAUUGAUUUGUAUUUUGGUUUGGCUCAUCAACGUUAAGUACUUCUUGACAUGGGAGAUCGUGGAUGGGUGGCCGAGGAACUUCAAGUUUUCAUUCGAGAAGUGCACGUAUUACUUUGAGAUUGCGGUGGCAUUGGCUGUGGCUGCUAUUCCAGAGGGUUUACCUGCAGUUAUCACUACUUGCCUCGCCUUGGGGACUCGCAAGAUGGCCCAGAAGAAUGCCCUGGUUCGGAAGCUACCCAGCGUGGAAACUCUAGGUUGCACAACUGUGAUUUGUUCUGAUAAGACUGGGACAUUGACCACGAACCAGAUGGCUGUGUCGAAACUAGUAGCUAUUGGCCCUAAUGUGGACACGCUGCGAGCCUUCAAGGUGGAAGGAACUACAUACAGUCCAGCUGAUGGUAAAAUAGAUAACUGGCCAACGGGUAAAUUGGAUGCUAAUCUUCAGACAUUAGCGAAAAUAGCCGCUAUCUGCAAUGAUGCUGGAGUGUCACAGUCAGAGCAUAAGUUUGUUGCCCAUGGAAUGCCUACUGAAGCAGCAUUGAAGGUUUUGGUAGAGAAGAUGGGCUUACCCAGUGAUGCACGAUCAGCAACCAAAAAUACCUUACUACGUUGUUGUGAUUGGUGGAAUGAACAAGACCGGCGGAUUGCUACUCUCGAGUUUGACCGUGAUAGGAAGUCAAUGGGUGUUAUAGCGAACUCUGGUUUAGGAAAAAAUUCGCUUCUGGUUAAGGGUGCUGUAGAAAAUGUACUGGAAAGAAGCUCGAAAAUCCAGUUGCGUGAUGGUUCUAUUGUUAAACUGGACAACAAUGCUAGGAACCUUGUAUUACAAGCUCUUCAUGAAAUGUCCACUAGUGCAUUGCGCUGUUUGGGAUUUGCGUACAAGGAUGAGAUCCCCAAGUUUGAAGACUACGAUGGUAGUGACGAUCAUCCAGCCCACCAGCUUUUGCUUAAUCCUUCCAACUAUUCAUCAAUUGAAAGUGACCUUAUUUUUGUUGGACUGGUUGGGUUGAGGGAUCCUCCUAGGGGGGAGGUAUACAAUGCAAUUGAAGACUGCAGAGCAGCUGGAAUUCGCGUUAUGGUUAUAACUGGAGACAACAAGAACACUGCUGAAGCUAUAUGCCGUGAAAUAGGUGUAUUUUCACCCAAUGAAGACAUUAGUUCGAAAAGUUUAACUGGUAAAGAUUUUAUGGAGCUGCGUGAUAAAAAGGCCCAUCUGAAACAGGAUGGUGGGCUUUUGUUUUCGAGGGCUGAACCUAAACACAAGCAAGAAAUUGUGAGGCUGCUCAAAGAGGAAGGGGAGGUGGUGGCUAUGACUGGGGAUGGUGUUAAUGAUGCACCUGCCUUGAAGCUUGCAGACAUUGGUAUUGCAAUGGGCAUUGCAGGGACAGAGGUGGCCAAGGAAGCUUCUGAUAUGGUGUUGGCAGAUGAUAAUUUUAGUACAAUUGUUGCUGCUGUUGGUGAAGGUAGAUCUAUCUACAACAAUAUGAAGGCUUUUAUCAGGUACAUGAUAUCCUCCAAUAUUGGGGAGGUUGCUUCUAUAUUUCUAACUGCUGCACUAGGUAUUCCAGAAGGGUUGAUACCUGUCCAGCUUCUGUGGGUCAAUCUUGUCACUGAUGGACCCCCUGCAACAGCUUUAGGAUUUAAUCCCCCAGAUAAGGAUAUAAUGAAGAAGCCUCCUCGUCGCAGUGAUGACUCACUAAUUGAUCUGUGGAUUUUAUUCCGCUAUAUGGUUAUUGGGAUCUAUGUGGGAUUAGCUACCGUUGGUGUCUUCAUCAUAUGGUAUACACAUGGUUCCUUCUUGGGUAUUGACCUUAGUGGAGAUGGGCAUACUCUUGUCACUUACAAUCAACUUGCCAACUGGGGUCAAUGCUCCUCAUGGACGAACUUCACUGCUUCUCCCUUCACAGCUGGUGCUAGAGUUCUCUCUUUUGAUGCUGACCCCUGUGACUACUUCCAGACUGGUAAAGUGAAAGCUAUGACACUGUCCCUCUCUGUGUUGGUAGCCAUUGAAAUGUUCAAUUCUCUCAAUGCCCUGUCUGAAGAUGGAAGCCUUUUGACAAUGCCCCCAUGGGUCAACCCUUGGCUGCUUUUGGCAAUGUCCGUGUCAUUUGGUCUGCACUUUUUGAUCUUGUACGUGCCAUUCUUAGCCCAAGUAUUCGGCAUCGUGCCCCUGAGCUUCAACGAGUGGCUUUUGGUUUUGGUUGUUGCGUUGCCCGUCAUUCUUAUUGACGAGAUUCUGAAAUUCGUGGGGAGGUGUACAAGUGGAUCUCAAGCAAGAAGAUCAAAACAAAAAUCAGAGUAGACAAGAUAAGAUAGUCUUUAGAGUAGUUGCUCAAUCCUUCAGAAGUUUGAAAGUUAUCAUGGAGACUGAAGAGGUGGACUCAACUCCAAUUAAUUUUAUGUUAGAACUAUUUUUAGGCCUCCCUGUAGUCUUCAUCCCAUUUUAAUAGUGAGGGAUGGCUGGGCUUGCAUUGGGUGCACUAUAUAUUGCUUCUUUUAAUAUUUUAUUAUCCUUUUUUCCUUGUUCUUUGAACUGUUUCAAGAUUUUCUAACAAAGGAAAAACCUUUGGUUUCUUUUCA